CAUUUGAUGAUAGUAAUUUAUUGUACUUAUUCGUUAUUUCCAUAGAUAUAAUAGAAUGGACUGCGGUUAGAGAGAGAUAACUUCAGCCAACAUUGUGCAAAAGAGAAAACUAUACAUUUGUGGGCAUUCAUGGAGAAAUUGAUAAUAUCAUUUUUCCAUCAUGAAAAAAACCAUGAUAACAAAAUAUUAUUCUUAUCAAAUACUUUUUGAAAUAUUACUUACCUAUUAGCUUUCUACUCAUGAGUUAAUACAUAAUAUAGACUACUCCUAAAAAUUGUUAUUCAUAAAAAAACAAACCAAAUAACAAUGGUUAAUACUUAUUGUGUGGUUGGGUGUAAAACCAGAGUUGUAAAAGGAUGUCCAAGAUUUCACAGAUUUCCCAAGGAAACUGUAGAUCUUAAUAAGUGGAUUAACACCAUACAAGAUUUUGAUCCUAAGUUUAAGUAUAAAUCUGCAAAUACUGUCAUAUGUGGUAAUCAUUUUGCACAAACAGAUUAUACUUUAAACAUUGCUGGGACCAAACAAACUUUAAAAAAGUCAUCAGUACCAAGUAUUUUUCCAACCUGUGUUACUCUUGGUAUUAAUUUAAAUGAAGAUUAUGUAACUAAACAACACUUGGUGAUUUCUUCCAUUUCUGAAAAUACAUCUGGUAUUUCUUUGAACAAUAUUGAAGUCAUUGAUCUAAAUGUAGAUGAUAUUAUGGUUGAAAAAAGUGUAACCUCUCCAAUUUCUGAAAAUGCACAUAACUCUAUAGCUGGUACUUCUUUGAUAGCUUCUGAAAAUGAAAUUGAAGUUGUUAAUUUAGAUGUAAAUAAUAUGGUUAGUCAAGACUUACUACUGACACCUGUUAAAAGACCAAGAAAAAGAAAAUGUUUUUUUGGGGACUUUAAAUCUGAAUCGGAAAUAACAACACCAAGUGGCCGAAAAAAAUAUUGGAUAGCCAGCCAAGAAAAAGUUAAAAUAUUAAAAAGGAAAAACAAAAAAUUGAGAAAUGAUAACUUAUAUUUAAGAAAUAAAAUAAAAAAUAUUGAGGAAUUAAUUGAGCAUUUGAAGGAUAAAAAUAAAAUAUCGGAUAAUUGUUUUACAAUGCUUAAGGUGGGUUCUUAUCAUUAAUUAUACAAGGAAAUUCACCAAAUAUGCUCAACCUAUUUUCUAAUCUAAAUUUUGGAUAUUUUGUACCAAUUAUGGAUUAUCUUAUGGCGAAAAAAUCUUCUGUGUGAAGUUUGUAUUAAAAGGUACAAAAGAUUUCAAGUAUUUGAA